UUCAAUUUUCAAUUUAUUUUUUUGCAAAAUAUCUUAAAUAUUCUAAUAAAAUAGAAUAGACUUAGGCAAAAGUAACAAAGGCACAACCAACGGCGAUUUCCAUUUGUGGAAGAACAUAAAGAAAAAAUAAAAAUAAAUAAAUAAAAUAAAAUGUUCACAAGCCAGCAAAAUAUUGACAAAAGAGAAUCCAAUCCAACUUUUUUGAUCAUUUCAUAUUUAUUUAUUUUAAUCUUUCGUAUGGCUUCGAAAGCAACGACGACCCUUUAACAUAUUUGUUCUCUUCUUCUUGUUUACGAGUCCCUUUGUCUAAAAGGGCCAAGCCAAUUUAUGGAAGGGGAGACCUUUUCGAUGACUUCUGUCGAAGAGGGGCAAUAUCGUAAUUUCCCACCAAAGUCGCCGGAGAUUGUGGAGAUUUGCGAGGAGAUCAGCAAGAUCAGCGUAGAUAUCAGUGGUGGAGAUCAUAGUCGUAGCCACGAUGACGUGUAUGUGUGCGUUGGUAAGAACGACUUGCAUGUCCUUAAAUGGGCUAUCGAACAUGCUGUCGUGUGCGCCGGAAAAGUUCGGGUUUUUCUCGUGCACGUUUUUCGUCCAAUCACCUACAUCGCCACACCAGUGGGGAGGCUAUCAAGAAGCCAGUUGAGCAAAGAGCAAGUGCAGGUUUAUUUAAGGGAGGAAAGCAACAAAAGGAAACAUCUCUUGGAGAAAUAUAUUCGACUUUGUAAUGAUUCCAAGGUAGUGGUGGACACAAUGCUAGUUGAGAGCAAUGAUGCAACAGGCAAAGCCAUAUUAGAACUCAUUCAUAUUGCUAAUAUCACUAAUCUUGUCAUGGGAACUAAGCAAUCACCUCUCUCUAGGUUGUCAAGAAAUGGACUAGGGAAAGGAGAAUAUGUUCACAAGUAUGCACCACAAUAUUGCGAGGUUACUUUGGUAUACGAAGGCAAAAAGACAAAAAAUAAUGCAUCGAAUCGGAAAUCACAAGCCGCCGCUCGACGACAUUCCGAGCGGCACUUCUUCGAAUGUGUCUGCUUUUCAGGCAAACACACUUGAUUUUUAAGUAUGUGUGUAUGGCCACAUCCGUAUUUUCGUUUGGUUUCGACUUUUUUAUUGCAUUUGUGAAUAAGAUGCAAGUUCUUGAAAUUUUUAUC